AUGUCCAAUAUUACAAUCGUGAACAUGGCGAAAGUGCACAGUGUUGUGAUAACUAUCUUGUGACUAUGUUCGAGAAUGGAUAGUACCGUGAUUAUUUAUACAAAGAAAGUGUGAUAAUAGUGUAUAUAUAUAAAUUUUGUUUUAAUUGAUAAACAACAAGGAAAACAUGUCGACAGACAAAAUAAAAGUAGCUGUAAGGCUCCGUCCUUUCAAUAGGAGAGAACAAGAACUAGGGACUCAAUGUAUUAUUGAAAUGGAUCAGCAGCAAACCAUAAUCCAUCAACCGACGACGUUAGACAAAUUGGAAAGGAAAACACCGAAGACAUUUGCAUUCGACCAUUGUUUUUGGUCCGUCGAUCCGGGCAAAGAGAACUUCGCCUCCCAGGAGGUGGUGUUCGACUCGUUGGGGAGGGACAUUCUGGAAAAUGCGUUCCAAGGUUACAACGCUUGCAUUUUCGCAUAUGGUCAGACCGGUUCUGGUAAGUCGUACACCAUGAUGGGUUCCCAGGAGCACAAGGGCAUAAUACCAAGACUGUGCGACACACUAUUUGACCUAAUUGCAAAACAACAAAGCUCCGAAUUGUCGUACAAAGUCGAAGUGAGUUACAUGGAAAUAUACAACGAAAAGGUCCAUGACUUGUUAGAUCCACAAACGAAUAAGCAAACGUUAAAAGUACGAGAGCAUAACGUCCUAGGACCAUACGUAGACGGAUUAUCUCAGUUAGCGGUCACAUCGUUCAAGGACAUUGACAAUCUGAUGGCCGAGGGCAACAAAUCCAGAACAGUGGCCGCCACUAACAUGAACAGCGAAUCGUCCAGAUCUCAUGCCGUAUUCACUGUUAUUUUAACGCAAACAUUAACCGAUAGCAAAUCCGGCGUUAGUGGCGAGAAAGUAAGUCGGAUCUCGCUUGUUGAUCUGGCGGGAUCUGAAAGGGCUGUGAAAACGGGAGCUGUUGGUGACAGGUUGAAGGAGGGCUCCAACAUUAAUAAAUCCUUGACAACAUUAGGUCUAGUCAUAUCUAAGUUAGCUGAUCAGUCUGGUGGUAGAAGUAAAGAUAAAUUCGUGCCAUACAGAGAUUCUGUAUUAACAUGGCUACUGAAAGACAAUUUAGGUGGUAAUAGUAAAACUGUUAUGGUAGCUACAAUAUCACCAGCAGCUGAUAACUACGAAGAGACUUUAUCAACUCUUCGUUAUGCAGAUAGAGCUAAACGUAUAGUCAAUCAUGCUGUGGUUAAUGAAGACCCUAACGCUCGAAUAAUUAGAGAAUUAAGGCAAGAGGUGGAAGCUCUCAAAGAGAUGUUGAAACACGCAACCGGUUCCCCCAUUGGUGAAGUCGAUAUUCACCAAAAGCUUACCGAAAGCGAAAAGCUUUACAACAACUUUUCGCAGAGCUGGGACGAAAAAAUUAAGAAAACUGAAAGGAUACAAAACGAAAGACAACAAGCUUUAGAAAAGAUGGGCAUUAGUAUACAAGACUCGGGAAUCAAAGUAGAAAAGAAUAAAUAUUACCUAGUUAAUUUAAACGCCGACCCUUGUUUGAACGAAAUGUUGGUGUACUACUUAAAAGAUGUUACCGUGGUAGGUGCUAAAAGCGAUGGAACAGACAUAGAACCAGACAUCCAACUAGAAGGCUUGGGAAUCCAACCCAAGCACUGCAUUCUUUCCAUAAAAGACAGCGGCUUAUACAUAGAGCCUUGCGAAAACGCUCGGUCGUUCGUGAACGGUGCCCCAGUCACAUCCAAGACUCCUCUAACUCGUGGUGACAGGGUGGCCCUCGGUAACCACCACUUCUUCAAAGUAAACUGUCCGAGAUCCAUCGCGUCCGAGCCACAAACGCCGGCCCAACCCAUCGACUACAACUUCGCCCGCGACGAACUAAUAAUGAACGAAAUGGGCAACGACCCCAUUCAAGCUGCCAUUGCCCGCCUGGAGAAGCAACACGAGGAGGACAAGCAGUCCGCGUUGGAGAAACAGAGGAUGGAGUACGAAAGACAGUUCCAGCAGCUUAGGAACACCAUGUCCCCAUCCACACCGUACCCCCCUUACGCCUACGACCCUCUCAGAAUUGGCUUGUGCAAAACGACGCCGUGCACGCCCACAACUCAGAUGCGCGUGGAAAAGUGGGCGCAAGAAAGGGACGACAUGUUCAAGCGCAGCAUCGGACAACUAAAGGACGACAUACUGAAGGCCAACACCAUGGUCAAGGAAGCCAACAUCCUUGCCGAUGAAAUGAAGAAGGAGACCAAGUUCAGCGUCACCCUCCAAAUACCUCCGGCUAAUUUGAGCCCCAACAGGAAAAAGGGGUCGUUCGUGAGCGAGCCCGCCAUCAUGGUGAAACGCAACUCCAGCAGUCAGGUGUGGUCCAUGGAGAAGCUGAGCAACAAGCUGAUAGACAUGCGGGAGAUGUACGAGAACAAGAACAGGAACGUGAUGGACUCGCCGGACAUGAAAUGGCCGGACCCCUUCUUCGAAUCGCAGGAGAACCACAACUUAAUCGGCGUGGCCAACAUAUUCCUGGAGUCGCUGUUCCACAACGUCACCCUCGACUACCACACGCCGAUAAUAAGUCAGCAGGGCGAAGUGGCGGGACGGUUGCAAAUUGAAAUCAGCCGCGUUUCCGGCACGUUCCCGCAGGAUCGGAUGUGCGACGCCGGGAUGGAUGUGUCCACCGAUUGUUACGAGGACGACAUCCAGGACAACAACAGUGUGCAAAUACGUGUCCACAUCAAACAGGCAACCGGAUUGCCUUUAACUCUAUCGAAUUACGUGUACUGCCAAUACAACUUUUGGAACCAUCCCUCCACCAUAUCAGUCCCACACAAACAAUCCAAGCAGGAAAGUGCGACGACUGUGGAGUUCGACCACGAAGAGAUCUUCACGUUCGCCCUAACGGAGGAGUUCAUUGAACAUUGUUCGGAAGGUGCUUUGUCUAUCGAGGUGUGGGGCAACAGAAGCCCCGGCUUUUCCAAGUGCAAACCCGGCUGGGAAAUAGAACAGAAACAGGCCACCGCCAGGUCUUUGUUGGACCGUUGGCAGGAGCUGACCAGGAAGAUUGAACUCUGGGUUAACAUACAGGAGCUAAACGACGUAGGAGAUUACAGUGCCGUCGAAGUUAUGCUAAGAAACGACAUGUUAACUGGGGGAAUCUACCAGUUGCGACAAGGCCAACAGAGGCGUAUACAAGUUAGAGUAAAACCGGUUUCUAAUUCUGGUACUUUGCCCAUAAUUUGCGAGCAAAUCAUCAAAAUAGACGUUGGUGCUGUUUUGGUCAGAAGCAGGUUACAAAAGCCGCUAGAUUCAUACCAGGAGGAGGACCUGGUUUUGCUGAGAGAAAAAUGGAACGAAGCCUUGAUACGAAGACGGAACUAUUUGAAUGUCCAACUGCAAAAACUGUCUGAUAAGCAAAACAAAACGGAUCAGGAGGUUGAAAGGGAGAAGAGCUUGAUGGAACAGAUUAUUACAAUAACGGAGGAAUCAAAUGAGAUUUACGUACCGAAACCUGGUACUGGAAUACCCGGUGCGCCAGCCAUGUGGAGUCCUCCUCCAGGCAUGGAACCCCACAUACCAGUCCUUUUCCUCAACUUAAAUGCUGAUGAUUUAUCAACAAGUCAGACAGGAGAAGAAAUAUCACUUACUGGUGCCAAUUCAAUAUUGCCUAAGGAAAAUGGCAAUGAAUUCUAUUCGUUACAAAUACUUAACCACUUAGAAAAAGAUGUAGGUGCUGUUGCAAGUUGGGACUCCUCUAUACACAACAGCCCCCAUUUAAAUAAAGUCACUGAUGCCAAUGAAAGAGUGUACAUGAUCUUAAGAGUAACAGUCAGACUAUCUCACCCAGCUCCAAUGGAUCUAGUUUUGAGAAAGAGAUUGGCGUUAAACAUUUACAAACGACAAGGGAUGAUGCUCAUAGACAAAUUCAAGAGGAAAAUUGUUAAAACAGACCCAUUUGUGCACACCGGAGUCACAUACUUGGUUGUUUCCAAUGUACCCAAAGCUAGUGAGGAACUGGAAGACAGAGAAAUUUUAGCCCAACUUGCCGCUUCCGGUGAAGAAAGUAGCGAAGAAGGCGAAACUUACAUAGAAAAAUAUACUCGUGGGGUAAGUGCAGUAGACAGUAUCCUCACUCUGGACAAGCUGAGGCAAAGCGUGGCGGUUAGGGAGCUGUUACAAGCCCAAGGGCAGCAUGCAAUGAGGAAAACUGUUAGUGUACCAAACUUCUCUCAUACUUUGGAAAACAAGAAUGGGUUGACAUCGAGAUUAGAUUUGAGUUCGGACUCAUUGCAUAUGUCACGUUCUGAGAGUGUGUCAGAGCUAAGCAGUGACUUAAGUGUUUUGGGUAGGUCAAGAAGCAGUUUUGGCAAAGAGACGGAAGGAACGCCAACCAAACCGUUUGGAGGGCUGGGCUCCAUUCUUUCAGCCCGACCGACGUUCUUAAAUCUCAACUUAAAUUUGAAUUCCCUAAGAUUACAGCAGCCUUCAGCAGCAACAAAAUUGAGCAUGGUAUCACCAGCCAAUAACAAACUAAGAAUGACCACGUUACAUGAAGAGCAAUUGCCACUUCCACGGAAACAUUCCUUAGACUUACUUCAUGAUGUCACCAUUGAAGAACAGUCGGAAGAAGGUCAAGAUGACAAAUAUAACACUCAUGUUACUCCAAGGAGUAAGAAUUCCAUAAAAAGAACUCUUCCACAGUCGAGAACGUUGGAUUCGUUGACAGAGCUGGCACCCAAGACCAGUACUCCAUCGGCCACAUCAAGUGGUUACGGUUCCCAAGCGGUUUCCUCAACAAACCUGUCCAGCGACGAUUCCUUAUCACUGAAAAGCAUAAGCGUGGACGAAACCCCCGACUUCGAGCACCGAGUACCCUUAAACCUGGACCUGGAAGCGGUGACCGAAACCAUCGACAUCCACGACGACCACUACACCGAACCGACCAAGGAACAACACAAAAACGACGAGAGCUCGGACGAGGUGCUGGCCAACGGAUUGGAAAACGACACAAAUCAAAACCCAAAAAGUGACCUUAACGAGUCAAGUUCGGUGAUCAAGACGAACCUGCCCGGCGGCCGGGUGGUCAGACGCAAGAAGACCACCAGCAAAAACCAGCAGCGGUCGUCGUUCCCGCAGGCCAAGCCCAAUCUGAGCGAGAGCAGGGCGGCCAGAUAUUUGGAGAACAGCCUGGCGAACUUGUCGUUCUCGCACGACGACGGCAUGGACAGUUCGACCGAUCGGCUGGAGGAGGAGGACAGCACGUACGGCUCGCGACCGGACUUAACCAAAAUAUCAGAUGUUCCCGUCCCCGAAUGGGUCGUGCUUGGCGAAAGCGUCCUCAUCCGACCUUACAAUUCGUCCGGAGUGGUCGCCUACAUCGGCGAAACCGAAUUCGCCAACGGUACUUGGAUCGGCGUGGAGUUGGACGCCCCCAAAGGUAAAAAUGAUGGAAGCGUACAAGGUGUGAAGUACUUUGAAUGUAAGCAAAAGCACGGAAUGUUUGUCAGGGCCGACAAACUUAUUUUAGACAGAAGAGGUAGAGCCAUGAGGCAAGACAAGGCGGAGGCUUUGGCAAACAGUCAAAAAAUUUUAAACAAAGAUACAUUACCAAGAUCUCGAUCACGUGGUAAUGGUUUAAACAACAUGGGAACCCGUGUAACAAAAGCCAAGUAGGCAUAUUAAACAUUUUCAUCCCUCCCACAAAAUCCACCCCUAUAUUGCCGUGUGUUACGACACAUAUUUGAUGUUUGUGCCGUCCAUUUGACAUGGCAUUGUGUUAUUUCAUCCUUGCCAUUAACAUGAUAGUUUCACACCUGUAAUUGCUAUUUGGUUGCACUAUUAUUGCCUUUAGAAUUAAGUUCAGCCAGACAUCUACCUCUUCGAGCCUUAAUUUGCAUUUACGUCGGAAAAUGUGAGGUCACAUCAUAAAAAUAUGUAUAGAGAACGAGAUAGGAGAAUGUUAAUGUAAAUACGUCCCUCUCUCUUUUAUUUUUAAUGAGAAUUAGCCAAUCACAUGUGACGUUGCAGCUUUCAGAUUAAUUGUAAAUUGUUCUGAUUAAGGAAACUGCACAAAUAAAGUGUGUGUUCUGUUACUUGGGUUCACUGAAACAAACCAUUCAUUUUAUAUAUCAAGAGCACGUAAAUUGACCGCACGGUGCUACGUUAACAAUCAAAACUCACCUUAGGCUUCACACCAGGCAAUACUGAUGUACUUUGCAAAGCGACAUAUUUAAAAGCAUAUAUAUAUACAUAUACAUAUACAUAUAUAUUUCUAUUAGUAAAAAUUACCGGUGAUACAUAUGUUGUACAAAUACAUCAUCAUUGCGCAAACUCACAAACCUCCACAGCUUCGUAAGUGGAGGUGGUAAGACGCUCCUUACCAACUCCAUUUCAAUGUGAAACAUUAAUAUAAUGUAAUUUUCUCUUCAGUGGCGACUAAUGGACCACGGCAUUUACGUUUCUUGAUAUAUUGUUGGGUUUAGGCACUAAAUAAUUUUGUGUUUUGUUUCCUCUAUGAAAUGUUCUCGGCUUUUUUAAUUUAAGCAUUUCUUUCUGUGAUAUCGCUGUUAGUUUAGAAAGAGCACUUUUCAGUUUUCACUCCGGUAGUGAGUUUAUAAAAAUAUUUUGUGUGCUGUAAACUGAACAGGUAUAGAGUAUGUAAUUGUUAUAGAAAGUAGUCUACAAAAAGUAUUUAUCUAUUCUGUGUGUAGUAGAGUACUAGAAUAAGAUACCUUAGGUUCAAUUAUGGUAAUUUAUUUUAUUUUUUACUCUUAAUUGAAGACUGCAAUUUGGACAGCCAAGUCUUUUAGCUACAAAUUCAUGAGCUCAAUCGUAGAUCCUCUAGUUUUUAGGCAGCUUCGUUUAGUCUCACUAGACAACAAUAUACAAAUCAAACAUCUCGUCAGAGAAAGUUUUCUAAAUAUAUUUUUAUAUAUCUAUAAGGCAUAUAAUAUCUAUAUCAUAUUUUCACUUAUUAAGCAAUACAGUUUUAGUGUUUAAUAUUUGUUGUGUACAUUCUGUUUAUUAUUAAACAGUUAAGUGAUUAAAUAAAUUAAGUGAUACAAGAAAUAAUGGGAAAUCUAUAUCAAUAACUAAAAUGUGUUUACCAACACCCUCGUUCUACUUCUACUUACGGGGGUUGUUACAGUUUAAACUUGUUUUGUUUAUUCAACUUUCUAUGUACCUACCCACCUACAUAUAACUGUAAUUCUGCCUUACUCAUUAACAAACACUUUAUGUUGUACAUGUUUAGUUUGUAAUAUAAUAUAAUAAUUUAUUAAAUACAUAAUUAAGCAAAAGUUUUCUCAUUUAAAGCAAUAUUGAAAAAGAACAAUACAUUCCAGAAGCAUUUAAUUAAUUCAUUUGUAGCUAAAUUGGAUGUAUCAAAUUGGUAUUGUCAAGUAGUCACUAGAACAUUCCAUAUGAAAAUUAAUGUGAAAAUUAUGCAAUAUUAUCUAGUCUUUAUAAUUUCUUUCUUCUUGCUCAGUGAUUGUGUUGAUCACCCUGAAAAAGGUUUAGUCGUCCAGUCGAAUGGAUCAGAGUCCAAUUGACAGAAUAAAUACUAAACCUACCAUGUCCAAUUAAAAAAUAAAAUCUGUCCAGAUUUGGUAUUUAUAGUAUAUAAAUAAUGGUAUAGUUAUAUUAAUGUUUUCAACAUCAAAUCGUAUAUUGUGCAAAAAAAUAUAUAAUUAAAAGGACACAUCUAAAAGGAAAAAAACAGCAAAAACGAUGAUCUUACUUUCUGACACAGUUGCCACUAAAAGCUGAUGUCCGGCAACCGUGCGGAAAUAAACUAGUUUCCUUCGGCCAAGUCAACAUCGAGGUUCUCAAUUUUGCCUCCGAUCAAAUAUUCAAAUCAAACAAAAAAAGACCCGCACAUUUUUGUUUAAUCAAUCGUGUAGGAAGGGCCUAACGCAAGUCUAGGUUUUCUUUGCGAACGAUCGACCGGCAAACAUUUAAGAGACCUUAGGUUCAUUAAGACGAUCAUAAUGCAGCUGACUUCUUUGAAUAUUUUGGAAUCAAAAAUUGACGGAUGAUUAUAUGUACCGUUUAUGUGUUCGCUCCCAUUUUAAAAAUAAAAAUUUAUCGACUACACUUCUCUCUGACAGUUUUUGGCUCCAAGCGAGGCAAUUAUUAUGUUUCAACAAGUGCUUUAACUUAAUUUCGUGAACUAAUGAGCAAUAUAAGUCAGCGAAUGAGUUUUUGUUGUUUUCCAGCUAUUUUAGUCUAUAAUUCUUCACUUUAGAAUAGAAUUUAAGGAUUACUUGUAUUAUAGUCAAUCCCCCAUGUAAUUAUAAAAAACACCAAUAAAGUACUUAGUUCUG